UGUCGUCAUUCAGUUGAGCGCGUGACGUCACACAGGAACCGAAGGAGGCGGUCAGACCAAGAUGGCGUUCCGCGAUGAAGCAGGAAAUGUAGUCGGUUUUCAGUAAAUCUCCCCAAAUUAGAGCGUCAACCGGAGCCUGUACGUCCGAGGAUAACCCAGAGACCUAUUUGGAGGCUGAAGACACAGUAGAAACUGUUACUCUAAAUGGCUGCGAGGAAGUCUGGGUCAGAUUUCCACAACAACGGACCCGUCAGUUAUCUUGAUGAAGUUCCCUUCAAACUCAAUGAGAAAUUCCGCUGUCCUUCGAAAGUGGGUUUUCCCAUUGACUUUUCCGUACCCGACUGUAAUUCCGUACUUUCAGCACUGCAAUAUGACUUCAGUCUAGAGAGGCGGAGCGUUCAGUGGGGGGAGGAGCUUGCCAAAGCAAGAGCUGCCGAGGCUCGUGCAGCGGAGUCGGCGCGGGCGGAGUCUGAAAACGCUCCUAACGAUGCAGAUGUCGGAUUGGUUGGAGGAAAGAAAGCACGCCCCUCCGAGGAGCAGGACCUUGUUCCACCAGCAGUGAACCCGGUUUUGGCUGGUUUCUGGCACAGUGCAAUGCUUACACCUCUCCCAGCGCCUUCUUUCGGACCACAGCGGCCAGCGCCUAGCAACCCGGCUCCGCAAUGUCUAAACUUGGCUGACUUUGAACGAGAAGAGGAUCCGUUUGACAAACUUGAGCUUAAAACCCUGGACGACAAAGAGGAAUUGCGGAAUAUCCUCCAGAGCCAACCACAGUCAUCCGUGUCACCCCCCCAGGUUCCUCAACCGGAACCUCAUCCUCCGUCUCCAAGUAGUACACCUCCUCCCCAGGCAAAAGCAGGAAUCUUCCAUAAACCUAAUGGACUGGUUGGACUUCUGGAUCUUGACCAGGGUAGGGUUCUGGCAAACUCCAUGGAACAGAUCGAUACAGACCGCCCAUGUAACAUUCGCUCACUGACUUUCCCAAAGCUAGCAGACUCCCUCUCAGAACCGUCUGUCGGCAUUUAUACGACAACUCCAUCACGCACCCUGUCCAAUGGCACACCUCCUUCUUUUCAAAAGGCUCCACCCCAUACCAACACAACGGUCCCACAAGAGCAAUCUGGACAGGCCCAAAUUGGGACACAGAAACAGACAAACUCCGUCACAGCACCCAACCAUCCGGUAACUGCACCUGCUAUCCUUCACGGUCUCUCUCCAAGCGAACGGCAAUGCGUGGAGACUAUUGUGGGCAUGGGAUAUUCCUACGAGGGUGUCCUAAAAGCCAUGCAAAAACAAGGACAGAAUGUCGAUCAGGUGUUGGAAUAUCUGUUUACUUACAGUCGACUGUGUGACAGAGGCUUUGAUGCUACUGCUGUGGAGGAAUGUCUGGAAAUGUACCAGGGUUCAGAGGAAAAGGCUCUUGAGUUUCUUCAGCUGAUGUCUCGCUUUGGCGAAAUGGGUUUUGAGCGGGACACUAUUAAAGAGGUACUGCUUGUGCACAAUAACGACCAGGACAAAGCCCUGGAGGAUCUGAUGGCCCGCGCAACAGCGAGCUGAGCCUGAAGAGUGUCCACUCCAAGAGCCACCCCUCCCCUGUCCCUCAGUGAGAGAGAGAGAAAAAAAGGGGCAAGCGAGGAGUCCUGGAUGUGGAAGGAUGUGAUUCUCGUAUCUCUAAGACAGGAUAACUGAUUUUGUACCCUAAUAAAGAUAUACCUCGUGGGGUAGGGAUUGACGACCCAUCCAACGGUCCGUUCUUUCCCCCUCAGCUGUAUGUCUGUUAAGUGAUCUUAGAAUGGUGGUGGUGGGAGGAGCCUGAACCCUCCUCAGAGAAUCUGCAUUGGCUAGUUUCUCUAUUACCGUGGUGACUGCCUGGAGAGAUGGGACUGAAUAUGACAGAAUGUGGACGCUUAAAGCUAUUAUGCUGCCAUCUCUCGCUGCUGAAUGCAGGCUUUCGAUACUGAAACCUGACCGCACAGUCACAAACACAACCCAUGGCAGAACAGAGAACUCACAGAAGUGUCCUCUCACUGUUUGUUGUUCAUACAUUGUUUUUAUGUUUGACAGACAGAAACACUUUAUCUUUCUGUAUUUUGUUCUUUUAAGAGAUGUUGUUUCUUUGCCGUAUGAUUAGGAACUGCAUUAACAAAACUUAUCACCAAGUUCAGAGGACACUGCAGUAAACUUUUGCCCAGUUGGCUUUUGCACUGGAAUGAACAGAUUUGGCCGGAGUAAUUGACAGGUUUAAUGGGAAAUACAAUAUUACCAUUAUGUUUUUGAAAACAAUUGACAUGCAAGUGCUGCACAGGUACACUGAUUUAUAGAAACAUAUUUAAAGAUACACUGUUGCUUUCCAUCAAUAAUAAAGAAAUAGUGAACAGUAAUGAGAUUAACACAUUGAUAUGAGACUUAACCCUGCAAUUUAUUUCGAAAGCUGCAUAGCUGCAUGUAUGUAACGGAUAGUUGUGCAAUUUAAUGGUUUAAAGGCAAGACUGUGAAUCUUUUGGGUGAUUAGAAACUGUUGAAUUAACUGUUUUAUAACUGGGAUCACCACAGGAAACUUUUUGGAACUCUGCAGCUUUUCGGCUGAAUCAAACAUAGGUCCUAUUUCUAAUCUCAUGCUGUUAUGAUGCUGCUGGUUUCCAUCUACAUAACAAUGGGUGAAUCUCAUUCUAAGAAUUUCUGGGUGAUAUUUUACCUCAAAACCAAAUACAGAAACAUUAAAUAUUUUGCACAAAGAAAAUAAUUUUAUUUAUUACAGCAUUUCAGUAUUGAGAAUCUGGUGAUGCAAGAUGUGCUUAAAGAAAGUGUGCCAUAAGAUGUGUCACAUACACAUAUAGGCUUUAGAUUUAGUAAAAUAUAUAUUUUUUAAUUUUUGGGGGUGAAAUAUGACCCAGACAUGUUCUUGUGAAGCUUUGUGAGAUUCAUUCAAAUGGUUAUGUGGAUGUGAUUUUUACGGUGGUAAAAAUUGGCCAGUUCCUUUUUCACAAAUCCACAUCAUUUUCUUUUAAAGCCAGAGACUUUCAUUUGAAACAUUAUAUAACACUUUCCUGUCUUUAAUAGUUACCUGGUAUAGGAUGGAAUUAAUAACUCAAAAUUCAAACACUCAAAACUGCAAUUAAUAAAACUAAACCUGUCUUGGGAAACAAAAGUGUCUUACUGUUAGUAUAAGUUCAAAUUGUUUUAAGCAUUUAUUUCUGAGAUGGGGUAAAUAUAAGAAGCACAUAUAUACAGCUCUGAUGUGCUUCAAUAAAAGUUAUUUGUUUGGGUGCAGAUAUAGAAUAUCGGGUAGCUCAAGUGGCCCAUUUUCAAUAUUUAGCACCAAAUGUGCAAUCUAUGUUUUUUCACUUUCACCAUUGUAGGUACAGAAACAGCUGCUUUAAGCUAAUAUCCCAUGUGCACUUUUCAUCAGUGUUGCCUCACUGUAAUAUUUUGUUUAAAUGUAUGUGGACACCCCAUUAUUUGUGGUGAAUCUCAAGAAAUGUCUGGGACACCCCAUCACCUCUAAAAUCAAACUGAAAAUAAAUGCAUAU